AUGCUCUCAUUCACCAACCCCAACAAUGUCUCAAUCAUCACAGGCGCACCCCCAAGCAUCCACGGCAUCGCGGGGAACUUCUUCCUAGACCGCUCGACCGGCAAAGAAACCAUGAUCUGCGACGACUCACUACUCCGCGGAUCCACGCUGCUCGAACAGAUGUCGCAGCACGGAGUGCGCGUAGCAGCCAUAACGGCUAAGGACAAGCUGCGGAAGAUCCUCGCCCACGGGCUGAAGGGCGACGCCGUCUGUUUCUCGGCGGUGGAGGCUUCCGAAUGCACCCUGGCGGAAAACGGGAUCGCGGAUGUUGAGCAGUGCCUUGGACGACCCGCUCCGAGCCAAUACUCCGCUAACCUAUCCUUUCCGGAGGCUGAUGACUUUGUGAAGGCCAUUGAUGAUCGACUGGCAAAACUGGCUGUGAUGGCGAUUGUCGGCGUAGUUGGUGACCACGGCAUGAGUCGCAAGUCUAACGAUGCGGGAGAGCCCGAUGUGCUGUUCCUUGAAGACGUAUUAGACGCGAAAUUUGGUGAGAAUGCAGCACGGGUCAUCUGUCCCAUAACGGACCCGUUCGUGCGUCAUCAUGGAGCUCUUGGAUCGUUUGUGCGCGUCUAUCUUAAGGAUCAGAGCUUGUUGGAAUCGGUGCUUGCUUUGUGCCAGGCCUUGCCAGAAACCGAGGUUGCCCUUAGCGGAGAAGAUGCGGCGAGGAAGUACGAUAUGCCUUUGGAUCGGGAAGGUGAUAUUGUGGUCAUUUCGACGUCGUCGACGGUUAUCGGAAGAUGUGAAUCGGUGCACGGCCUGUCCACUGUGAAGGACUUUUCACUGCGAUCUCAUGGCGGGUUGAGCGAGCAGGUAGUUCCGGUGAUCAUGUCAAGGGCGGUUGAGGAUGUCCAGAUCAAACAGAAGUGA